AUGUUACGCAACACGGGCUCACGCAGCGUGAUUUGCAUGAUGCGUCUGCAUACGGAGCAGUCAUUACUCCCUCUGAAGGCGUGAAUGCACAAUGCGGCCCAUAUUUAAAGAAGAAGACGCCAACUUUGUCCUGUUCUGUGCAGUUUAGCUUCAAUUUCUUAAAUUUAAAGAAGGGAUUUCUUCAGGGUAAACAUCAGGUAUAUUGUUAAUGUAAACAUCCAGGUUGGAGGUGGACGGGUUGUUUCUGCUUUUUAUGCUUGACGGGUUUAAUGUGUCUUGACUCCAUACGAACGAUUAAAGUUUUAAUUAUUAACUUAAUUAUCUGUUGCUGCAGCUUUAUAUUACAUCCCACUUUAAUAAUCUUAAAAUUAAUAUAAUAUAUUCAUUGUGGGGCUGAGUUUAAAAGUCUGCGUUCAAAACAAUCAUCACUUUCCGGCUCCAAAUGGAAGCAAAGCGUGCGAUGUUCCCCAUACGGCGAUAAACAGAGCUCCAGCGCUGAAAUGAACUUGUCCUCAUAACGAUUUCGUCAUCGCCCGCACAUUUGGUGAAUGUGUUCACAGGCCUGUUGUUGUGCCAUAAAAGCAGCUCGCGGGCUCCUUUUCAAGCGCUCGCCCCUGGUGGCUCGUGUGCUCCGCUCCCCCGUUCUGCUGACACUUUGUGAGUAGGUGUCUGCGCCCGAGGACAAAUAUUCCGACUGUAGCCUUUGUUGUUUGAAGUCGUUGUUUCAUUUUAACAACUGACGAAAGUUGGGGUUUAUAAAGAUCUCUUGUCCUGAUUUGGAGCAAUGAGUGACAUCGACUCCUGUGGAGUUUUGCGUCUCAUUAGAGACCGCAGGACUGCAGCUCACUGUGGAGUUUGACUAUAAAAUGUCUUAUUAAAGGGGUCUUAUUUAAAUUCACCCACUAUGAUUUUUUUCCGAAUUGAUCAGCAAUAAAUCAAUUAAAUAUUUGACUUGUGUAUUUGGGGCUAUAUUGAGUUCAACCACGUAAUCUCCUCCACGUCCUCUCACGCUUCCUGCGUCGUCCUUUUCCCACGUGUGCUGCGACUCGAGCAGUAAAAUCCAUUUACAUGUUUCUACGGCGGAAUCCAAGGUUUGCGGCGUGAGCUCUAUAGGACCUUCAUCUGACCGUCUGUCUAGAUGAUGAAUGGUCCUCAAAACCAAACAAAAUGAAAUAAGUAAUAUACAAUAGAAAGCCAGGCUUUACUGUGGUCCACGUGUUGGCUUCCCGUCUUAUUGUUGGAUAUUCGCAGUUUCCUCUCGAGGCUCGACUGUCUGGCCCCCCCCAGGGAUCAAUACGCUCCUACACUGCUAUUCUGCCUACAACAAGGCCUGAUAGCUAAUAGCUGGCUCUGAAAGGCCCGGCCUGCAGUAGGUCAGUGUUAACCAACACGAGAGCGCUCUCCUGAUUGUUUUUAUUCAGUCGUCAGCGCAUUAAAGAGUAAACUGACCGCCCGUCUUCACCGCGUCACUGCUGAGAAGUCACUUCAUGAUUAAAAUAUGCUCGGGCUCCUUCCUCGCACAGAUGGCAGCCGCUGCCAUCAGCUGCAUGCAUUAGUAAGCGGCAGCGUGGGCCCCGUGCUCCAUGAUAGGACCAUCAUCACAACAUCGGGGCUUUUUACCAGUAGAUUGUGGGAGGUCAAGAUGAUCAACAACAGCAGCUGUUAAAUAUUUAAUUAAACCCGUCUACAUGCGUUUGCAGAGAAUACAAAUAAAUCUGGCCGCCGUGUUGAAAUAUGAUUGAUUAUUCAUUUUUCCUACGCUACAGAUGAAAAGGGGACACGCCUGCAUUCAUCAGGGUGACAGGUGGUUUUAGAUCCAACGUUAAAAACGCCUGAAGGUCCGACAGCAGCCAGAGAAAGGCACCAGAACCGGGCUCGGGUCUCAAUCAGUAUCAGUAUCAGUAAAGUAAAAGCCUCUGAUGGUUGUGUUAUGUAACUAAGUGCAGAUGAACCUCAAUGUGCUCAAAUAAUUCAAUAGCAAAACAAAAACACUACUAAUUAUUAAUACACAGCAGAGUUGAAGACAGCUUUUUAAUACGGGCCUUGUUUUGACCGGAAUAAGAAAACGGCUCAUAGUGUUUAAUAAGCAGAUACAAAUCUGUGUGGACUCAAGGCUGCCAAAUGCUACCUGCACUAAAUAUUCACUUGAGGCUGGUGAAUACGGCAAAUAAAUAAUGCAGCAUAAUAAAUAAUGCAAUAAUCUGCCUUUUUCACGCAGACAUUAGAAAGUUUUAGGGGGUUAUGUGGAUCAAAGCCUCAUCACGUCCACAGUGGGUUGAAGCCGUAACUCCUGCUGGGGUCAGAUGCUGGUUUAUAACCUGCACCCGACCCCUAGUCGUCCGGUUGAAGCGGGAUGAGGAGCGGCGCCAGCGCCGCCGCCGCGCCUUCGUGAUUCUCCCACUCGCUCCUCAAAGCGCGGGAAAAUGCACGUCUUAAUUGAGAGGAUUUCCAGCGGCUUUGUGAGGGCUGAGAGCUGUGAACCAGCGCCUUCUCUCCAGGAGAAGUGUAUUUACAGCGCAGCUCUCUGCCCGUCUCAUUUGUCACUGCAGCCUGGAACAACGUGCGCUCUCGACACGCUUUCAUUUGCUGGGAGGCUGCGAAUGUGCACGUUUCCACUUAAAUGUCUCUUUAGCAUAAUGAGAUACAGUCUUUCCAUUAAUCAUUGCAUAUGCUUAUAUACUGUGUGUGGGGAGAUCCUGGCUUCUCUGUCCACUGCAGAGACGGGGGAAACUUCCUGGUGUCCGUCUCUCAAACUCUUACUUCCCUUUUUUUCCUGCAAUUAAUUGUCGCAUAAAUAAGAGAAAACAGUCAAAUGAGUCUGAGAGUGUAAAUGUCACUCUGAGCGCGAGGGAAAAGCGUUCGCCAGUUUCCCUUCGCGCCCCGUCUUAACUUUUCUCAAACAUAACAGCGAAUACGAUUAUUCUGGUUGUGCUCAUGCAAAAGCAAUAUUGAGCUUGGUAAUUGUGAUGUGAUGCUGCAGAGGUUGGUUAAAUAAUUGAUAAUGAGGUCGACUGAGAGACUGAGCUGCUGUUGUUUGGAUAAUUAAUGAGUCGUUUUUGCACCGUCUGCACGUGGGAGCGUCGCUGCUUAUGGCAGGUAGACUUCCAGGGGGUCCCAACAUGCAAACUCGUAUAUGGAACUUGGCUCCCUGGGAAAUGAGGCCCCGUCGCUCGCUGUAAAGUGUGAGAUGUUGAUUACAGCGAACUUCCCUUUGAGCGAGUUUGUGAUCAGACUUCAGAGCAAACACCUGCGUCUGUGAUCGGGCGCCUUAAUGCUGCUUUCUGUACAGCCUCCAACUUGACGGCGCCGCAGACAGACCCUCCAUCACUGUCUUAUCACCAGCCGCUGGCGCAGGCGCCGCACUGCAAAAGCAAAGAACUGCUGGCAUUUUGAAUGCGAGCCUGACUCGGUUGGUGCUGCACGGUCGACGGAGGCUUAUUAUGGUGGUUGGAGCGGAGGCAGCCGAGUGCUGGUGAUCUACAUUAGCCGGGGCGAUUAUGAUGCGCUGGGUUUUCCCAGGCAGCCGGGGAGACGUGUUGCUAGGAAACAUACCUAGACACCGGGGGUGGAGAACAGGUUUGAUGAGAGAGUUUCCCCUGCUAGUUUCAGCUUCACAUGGAAAUAACUAAAGAGUGCCAUAGGCACGCUGCCUCCGUAGCUCAGUAUUGAUUUGAAGUGGUUUAUCAAAUCUUUGUAAUUUGGUCUUUUGAUCUCACGCAUCUGUGAGCUGCCUCGGUGCUUCACCGUUGGUUGUGUAACGGAAAUAGAUGGAUAUUUUAGGAUUCCCACGGAUUCGACGCUGUGUUUUAUCAGACUCGGGGAAGAGUUAACUACUAUUUAAUUGGAGUCAAUGUGAAACGUAAUUAACUAUUUAUGUCUGACAUUUGCAUAUUUUUGGCCUUUUUAAAAUGCAGAUUAUAUGUAUUUUGUAGUAUGUGCAUUAUCAGUAUUGGAGGAGCAUGAAGAGGACGCUUCUGCACGUUCAUCACUUUAACUUUAAUUCCUGACGCCUCUUAGUUUCUGCUUGAUUAAAAACACCGCACUGAUGUGAUUUUGAGGAUCGUCGCCUCCCAGGAAGCGGCGCAGGUCGGUUUGGCGCCAUGUCUGAAGCAAUGCUGCCUUCGUCUGGACAGCGUUGUUAGUGCACCUUUCCAAUAUGAGUAAUCACCCUGAACCACAACGUGCAGUAAACCUUGGGCCUGUGUGUUCAGAAGCCCGAGGUCAAAUUAGCAGUGUUGACACUUCAGCCGGUGAUUUCGUGUUCAGUGGAGCUUUAGGAUCAGCUCCACUUACAGAAUGUUAUAACUUUAUUUAAAGAUCCCACCAGUAAACAGUGGAUGGAGUAUAUUUCACCUUCCUGCAGCUUAAGGCUGAACCCAGUGCAGAUGUUGGCUCUUACAGACCAGUAACAUCUGAGGGGUUGUAUCUCCCCCCCGACCGGUGCUCCUUCUGCAGCUCUGCCUUAGACGGACUGUCAGGGCCAGACAGUAAUUGGUCUGAAGGGACCCCACACGCAAACAUCUCAUUUCCUCCCUGGGCUUCACAGGUAGUUGAAUACCUUGCGAUGUUUUGGUGUUGCUGACAUGGAAUUUGAAUCGAGGCUACGCAUUCAGACGCCUUCACAGCAAUUUGAGCUUCUAAUGACGUUUAAAAAUAUUUAAUGACAUUUAUCCCACGUAAACGUGCCAAGCUCCUCUCCUACUGUGACGUCAGACUGCAACCGGCAACAAGGCUGUUUAUUAUUCAGCUCUCAGGCUGUGUUGCCUGCGUUGCUCUGCUCCGCCGCUAGGGGGAGACUGUGGGAAGGUCAGGCCUCUACAAGAGGCUUAUUCUGUGUACACAGUCAAAAUUAAUUAUCUUAUCUGGGCUUCUCAUCGUUUAAUUGGCCUUAAGUGCAUCUAAUAGCUUAGUAAUUAAACAUUUCACAGUCGUCCACAUUUUGUGGGUUAGAGCCAAGACUGCUUUCAGAAAAUGGUGUUCAGCAGGAAAAUGUCAGGAGAUUCUCUGUUUUGACUCGCAGCCUGAUCUCAACAAGCAACAGCUCCCGACUCGAAGCAGACGCGGCCGCUUCACGCGCACAUCCACAGUCGCCGUGAUGAGCCGCGCUGGGCGUUGGACACCCGGCGGCUGGGGCUGUUUUCAUCUGGAGGUGAGAUGCCAGUGGCCUCCCGUGGAGCCCGGUGUCUGCGGCUGCUGUACAGCCCUCGGUCGGGACAACACCUCCGAGCCAAACCAUUACAUCAAGGUCAUGGAGAGGAGGAAUGCGAUGCCGAUUAGUGCGGGGGUCCAGCGGCCACCUGCGGAGCCCAGUCCGACCCGAGGGCGGAGGCGACGCACGCUUUGGAAAUUCAGAAUUCACUCGUUGGGCUCGUUUGUCAGCGUAAACUUUAUCUGAGGUAAAUGUGUUCAAUUUAAAAAGAUCGAGUCCAGAAACAACCCGAUUAUUAUGUGUGGGGAUAUUGUUAUUUUAUAACAAAUCACCGCAGGAGCCAGGCUCAUAAUAAUAAUAAUAAUUUCAACAAUAAAACAUUAAUCUGGAUUAUAGCAAUUAAAAUAAUUUUAAUAUUACAUUUAUAUAACAUGUAUUUCGAAGCAGAAAAAACUUUUUAAAAAAUUGGUGUUUGAAAAAAUUAAGUGAGUAUAAUAUUGACAAACUCACUCAGUUUUUUUUUCACUCCACGCGACUCGUGGCCCCUGUUUUUCCUCGGGAGCCUGCUGGGGGUAUUUUUCCACGAGUCCUUUGUUGACACUAAACUUGCGCCACUCGGGGGCUGUUUAUCGCAAACGGACUUCUCUUAAAUGAAAGGUGCCUUUUUGCAAACACACGCGGCUCUUCCUUGUUUGUAUUUGACACUGUCCCGCAGAAGUUCAGUCACAGCGACAAUCAGUGCGCGGUCCACGAAGCAGGACGCCUGCUUUUAUUGCGCUGUUACGGCCCCUAUUUACUGUUCACCGCGGUGUUGACGAGUGCUUUUCAGAUGCAAUAAUGUGUUAAUAAAGUGUGUUUUCUGUUAGGAUUUCUGCUAUUCAUGCAUGAAAACCCUGUUAUAGCUUGAGUUCAAUUAGAGGUUAAUAGUUUUAAUCACGAAAACGAGAUAACAUGUACAAAAAAUAUUUUUAAUUCUAUUUUUUAAAUUAUAUCAUAUUGAAUUUGCGAAGCAAUAUUUAUAUAUAUCCACUUUUAAUUUAUAUAGAUGUUUGAUGGUUUCAAUCAGGCGUGUGUGCGUAUUUACGCGCGAUGGACGACACUGAUAAAAGUCCUGACAUGUCCUGAUGUGAAUACUGCUUAAAACAAAGACACGCUCCAGUCAACGGCAGUUUCGAUGUGCAUUGAUAUGGAGAUCGGGUCAAUGCGGGGCAGAACAGAGAGGUGUGACCAUCCUCAGAGUUUUCUUCGAUGGGCUACCUGGCUCCGGGCGCUGCGCAUAAAUACCUCCUCCCUCCGAGGACGAGCCCAGUCCUGAGGGAGAGAGACAGACACGCACGCAGUUCGGCCUUGGCGGAUUCUGGCUCGGGUGGAUUAUGAACGCUUUUGGACACCAACCAUCUACCCAGCAGAGCAGCCCCAUUCAGCACCACAGCCCCCAGGAGCUCCUGGACAUGGCCGUGUACUGCGACAACUACGGCGUGUACCAGCAGAACCUCCACCACCACCACGCGCAGAGGCCGCCCACGCACGCGUCCAGCUACGGCCUCGGGGAGUACACGUCCCCGUCCACGAACCCCUACCUGUGGCUGAACGGGCCGGGCAUCAACUCCUCUCCCUAUCUUCCCGGCAACGGCAGCUCGUCCUACAUCCAGUCCGGAUACGGGUCGAACCAGAGGCAGUUCCUGCCGCCUCCCGCCGGCUUCGGUGGAGCGGACCUGGGCUGGCUGUCCAUCUCCAGCCAGCAGGAGCUGUUUAAGAUGGUGCGGCCGCCGUACUCGUACUCGGCGCUGAUCGCCAUGGCCAUACAGAACGCACAGGACAAGAAGCUGACCCUGAGUCAGAUCUACCAGUACGUGGCCGACAACUUCCCCUUCUACAAGAAGAGCAAAGCUGGCUGGCAGAACUCCAUCCGACACAACCUGUCACUGAACGACUGCUUCAAAAAGGUGGCACGAGACGAGGACGACCCAGGCAAAGGCAACUACUGGACGCUGGACCCCAACUGCGAGAAGAUGUUCGACAACGGCAACUUCAGGCGCAAGAGGAAGAGGAGAGCGGAGCUGGCGGGCGCAGGCGGCGCGUCGCCGCCGCUCAAGGCGGACGAGGCGGCGCACAAGCUGUCCGACACCGCCGGCCUCCUGAGCCCGUCGCCGCCCAGCCUGCGCGGCUCCCCGGCGUCCACGGAGCCCAAGUCGUCCCCGUCGCCCUCCGCCGAGCACAGCCCGUGCUUCAGCAACUUCGUGGCCAACGUGAACUCCCUCCUGGCGGCCGGCGGCGGCGCGGACGCGCCCCGCGGCGGCGCGGAGCGCGACUACGGCGGCGCGCACCUCGGGGUUCUGACCCAGAACCCGCCCAGAGACGGCGCGUCUGGACUGGGCUCAUACUCACCCACCUUGAUUUCCUCUCUGAACUCUGACAACGGCAGGAUGAACUACUACACGUCGGUGCAGAGCCUCAACCAUUUCAGUGUAAAUAACCUCAUCUACAGCCGGGAGGGAACAGAGGUGUAGCCUGUCUCCCCAGUAACUUAUCACUCAUUAGCCUUAACUCUUUGUGUAGCUGGUUGUCACUCACCUACAGGCCUUGUUGUAACACUGCACUGGGACCAAACGUCCCGUUCGCGAUCAUCUUCCAAACUGGGAGAAAUAUAUUUCCUUGUAUUUAUAAAGGAUAAGUGCCUCUGGUCCGGUUGCUCCUUGUCCACAGAUGUGCCUCCUUCCACUGAUGGAAGUGGACUUUUCUCUCGCGCCUCAAAGGAGAAGACACGUGUACAGAAAUUAUUUUCAUAAGGAGAAUUCCAACUGUGUUUUAGACUGAAUAGUGUUUUGUGAUUUAUUUAAACUCACCCGGACGUUUGAAUAAAAUCAUUUAUGUUACGUGAACAAUUAAAGCUCGAGUGUCAUUUUU